AUGAACGCAUCCAAGACCCGGAGCUUGAAGAUGAUACAAUCUCCCUCGCCUGUGAGAGAUAUCACGGCCUUCAUCUUCAUACUUUUGGCUCUUCCAUCCGCGGUGUCAUGUGUUGCUCUUUUGAUGUUCAUUUUAUCCGGAUCAUCCAUUUCCUUAGGAGGUCGGUUUAUUAUUCGUCGAUUGCUUACAAGUCCAGAAAAUGGGUUCUCUUUUGAGUUCCCGGGCUCCAAUAGUCGUUCCGUAAACGUAUCGGUUAAAAGAUGGAGCACUUCAGCCAAGGCCGUUGCCAUCAAUGUAGCCGUGUCGGUACUCUCGUGCUUCUUACUUCCAGAGAAUUUCACUCAAUAUCUUGUAUUGUUUGCCAAAGCAAUUGUUGCUUCGGAAUUGGUAGGUUCGACGUCGGUGGCGUCCACCACUGUGACUUCUAUCACCUCGGUUACUUCGAAUGGUGGCACCAGUACACAAACCACCACAACGACUACAACCACCACCAACAAUAGCAACCAUUCCAAUGGCAACAAUACUUCCACCGCAUUGACUCCACACUCUACAUCCACAUCUGCAUCAACCGCCCCGGCCCCUAAAAGAGUACUGUCACAUGAAGGUACCUUGAGAAAUAAUAGAUUUGUCAAUGCCGUCCUUUGUUUCUUGGCAGUUAUCAAUAUCAAUUAUUUUAUUAAAGAAUGGUUCCUUUCCUCUGAAUUGUGCCUCAUUUUAUCUAGUUUAGCAUCCCGAGUAUAUUUUAGUACUUCUAUUCCUUCAGAUUCCCAUUUAGAGGAUUCUUAUUUGACAUCAGUCUUCGGACCAUCUAAAAUAUCUCAGAGAUCAUUUUUUGAAGGCUUAACCCUUCGGGUUAUUUCAAAUACAUUUGGAAUAACAAACUUAUACUUUGUGUCCAAAAUUUUACGAAUGUUAUCCAUUAGUAUAAAUUUCGUUUAUUUGCUUUUAUGUGUCCACGUUAUUGUGAUCAAUAUAUCACCUACAUUAAGAAGAUUCAUUUUAUUGGAAGACACUUCUCGUUCAUUAGAUAAUCUUUCAAAUAUCAGUGGGAAUGUCCCAUCGAUCGAUUUCAAGAGAAAUCAUAAUUAUCAUCAAUCAAAUGAAGGUUCUUUAACCCCACUCAAUGAUGAUUCAACUGCUAUUAUCAAUGUUGAACAACAAGAAAAUCAAAAUUUACCACGUCAACUUCGAGAAAUUAAUUUACUGAAGGAAAUUUCUGAAAGUAAUGCCAAAUUUGAUUCAUUUUCAAACCAAUCUGUUGUUGCAGGGAACUUUGACACAUAUUGUACCACGCCAUUCACCACUAAAAAUCCCAAUGUAUCAUCAAUUUUUGAGACAUUUAAGCCUCAAAAAGUGAUUGCUUCUGAUGGUGUGACUAAUUCACAUCACAACUUAAAUCGAGGACAAAGACAAAGACUGGGUACUGCCAACAAUUCUAUCAACACUACUCAAAUGCAUAACACAUCGUCAUCAUUGCAUACUACUUCCCCAUCGUCACCAACUUCAUCUACAAACUCAACUACCAUUGUAAAUAAAGUACUUACUAGUGAAGUGACUGUGCAACCAUUUUGGUCACUUUUAGCAGCCAUUAAAACGUUGAUAUUCAGACCAGAAUUUUUCGCUGGGAAAUUAACUGAAUGUAAAAACAAUGGAGGCAAAUUUAUCAGUCCAUUGCCAGAUUCUUCGUUUAUGUCUUUAUCGACAGUGUUCAUUGAUGAUACAAAGGCUGUCUUCAAAGUAUUGGAUCAAGGACGGAUUAAUAAAUUGAUUUCUCAAUCAAAGGGGUUAAAAAUUAAAUUAAAUGAUGUUGAUUGGAUUCAUAUGAAUUUUUUUCAAGGGCAAAAUGAUCAAUACUUCAUUUGUAUUUAUGGAUUAACUCCAUUGUUUCAAUAUGAACUUGAUAUUUUUGAAAAUGAUAAGGAUGAAUCAAAUAUUAAAGAAGAUCAUUUGGUUGCACGUUAUAUUUUCAAUACUAUUUCAAGUACAUCACGUACAGUUUUAAACCAAUCUCCUGAAACAACUUCUUUGAUGACAUUACAAUUAAGUUUGACUUCAACAAUUGAAAGAUUACAUCAAUCAAGAAGUAAAUUAAAGAAAUAUAAACGUGAUGAAAAUAGGAAGAUUGCAGAUAUGAAAAGAGAUAUUGAGAAUCUCAAGGGCAAAAUUCCCAAGUAUAAUACGAAACAUUCUACCAGUGAUAUUCGAGUUUCUGGGAAACUCAAAGGGUUACAACAUUCUGUUAUGCAAUUGGAACAUGAAAUUGAUGAUUUAAAAACUGAAAUAUCUAACAUUGAAUCUGAACUGCAAAAGGAAGAAAAUGCUUAUGAAGCUCAAGAAAGACAAUUAAGAAAUAAGAUCAAGGAUUUAGAUUCAGCUAACCAUGGAUUUGAAUCAUCAAUUUCUAAGUAUAAAACGAAGUUGAAACAACUUGACAUUGAGUAUGUACAACAAGUGAGUAAACACGAUCGUUUAGUUUCUAAAAAGCAACAUAAGUGUGAAGAAUUGAAUAAGGUAUUGAACGAGAUCAAGAAUACCAAGAAGAAUGAAUUAAUUCAAAAGAGUCAAAAACGAAAUAAAAGAUUUCAAGAGCGUUAUGAAGUUGUUUUACCAAAUUUAUCAAAUGCUAUAUCAGAAAUGCAAAUGGAAAUUGACGAAUUACUUGGAAAAGAUGAAGAUGAACGCGUAUGA